UUGAAUUUACAAAAAAUGGUGUUCUCCUGCCGAUGUUUCUCAUUCUCAUUUGGAGAAGAGAUCGAAGAAUACGAAACCCGAAUUGAAACCAAAUCGACUUCCAUCGACACUUUCUACACUGCUUGUGCUGAUCUCAAUGGCUACAUAGCCGAUUCACAAGCGCCAGAUUUCCAAAAUUUGGCUGGAAAACCGAGCAAUUUGAGGGUUUUCACAGUCGCCGAGCUUAAGUUUGCGACAAGAAACUUUUGCACGUCUUUGAAGAUCGGAGAGGGUGGAUUCGGGAGAGUGUAUAGGGGUGUGGUUAAGAGUUUGGAGUAUCCGUUUGAUGAGAUUCAGAUUGCUGCUAAACUCGCCAAUGGCGGAUUGCAGGGACAUAAGCAGUGGGUGACCGAAGUCAAUGUUCUCGGACAAAUCGAACAUCCAAAUCUUGUAAAACUAAUCGGCUACUGCGCAGAAGACGAUGGAGUUAGGGCCCAUCGGGUUUUAGUUUAUGAAUAUAUGCCUAACGGAAGUUUAGCCGACUGGUUAUCGCCCGAGUCAGUUGCACCUCUGUCCUGGCCCAUGAGACUAAAAGUGGCUCGCGAUGCUGCACGUGCUUUGGCAUACUUACACCAACAAAUGCCGAGCCCGAUAAUCUUUCGAGAUUUCAAACCGUCCAACAUUCUGAUAGACGACGAUUGGAAUGUUAAGCUUUCGGACUUUGGUUUCGCUCGGUUAGGUCCUUUAGAUGGCCAUACCCAUGUCACAACGCGGGUAGUAGGAACAUAUGGAUAUGCGGAUCCGGAGUACGCGUGGACAGGUCAUUUAAGAACAGAUUGCGACGUAUGGAGUUACGGGGUGUUUCUAUACGUACUAAUCACGGGUAAACCCCCUAUUAAUCUCGAUCUCCCUAAAAACGAGCAACAUCUUUUGGAAUGGGUGAAACCGUUUCUACGACAUGGUAAAUUCAAGCUCAUUGUUGACCCGAGGAUCAACGGUCAAUUUCCUUUGCAAUCGGCAAAAGAACUAGCGACGAUAGCCGAGAAUUGCUUGCUAAGAAACCGAAAUAUGAGGCCGAAGAUGAACCAUGUUUUAAAUAAGCUUAAUGAGCUUAUAACCGACUCGUUGUUGGAAACAAUCCCACCAUUAGUGUCGAUUGUUGACCGCGAACGGGUUACUGAUCGAUGGAAAGUUUCACAUGAACAACAAAGUUCGACGAUAGUGAAGAUCAAACGUAAGAGAAGGUUUGUGUGUCUACCUAGUUUAGGUUGUUACAAGAAAUAAGAUCAAUGUGACUUGUAUAGAAAAUUCAAAGUUAAAGAUAUAAUCUUUCUAGAGUUAUUUGACUGAUUCC